CCACACAGCAGAGUUCCUGUGAGCUGCCAGGAGCUGGCUUAUGAGCCGCGUCUCCUGACCAAGACACUGGCCUGCAAUGUCAGCUCUCCCAUCUUCAAGGCAGGCCUGCAGGUCAGCCUCCAGGUGAUGUUUAACACACUGCUCAACAGCUCCUGGGGAGAUUUUGUUGAGCUGAAUGGCACUGUGCACUGUGAAAAUGAGGACUCAAGCCUCCUGGAGGACAACUCAGCCACCAUGCGAAUCCCCAUCCUCUACCCAGUCAACAUCCUCAUUGAGGACCAGGAGAACUCCACACUGUACACCAGUUUCACCCCUAAAGGUCCCAAGACCCAGCAAGUCCAGCAUAUCUACCAGGUGAGGAUUCAGCCUUCUGCCUAUGACCACAACAUGCCCACACUGGAGGCCUUGGUUGGGGUGCCACAGCCUCACAGUGAGAGCACCAUCACACACACAUGGAAUGUACAGAUGGAUCCUCCUGUCACUUGCCACACUGAGGACCUGAAGAGGCCAUCUAGUGAAGAUGAGCCUUGUCUACCUGGAAUUCUGUUCCGCUGCCCAAUUGUCUUCCGGCGGGAGAUCCUCAUCCAAGUGACCGGGACAGUGGAACUCGCAAAGGAAAUUAAGGCCUCCUCCACGCUCAGCCUCUGCAGCUCACUCUCCAUCUCCUUCAACAGCAGCAAGCAUUUCCACUUGUAUGGCAGCAAAGCCUCCAUGGCCCAGGUCCUCAUGAAGGUUGAUGUGGUCUACGAGAAGGAGAUGCUGCACCUGUAUGUGCUCAGCGGCAUUGGGGGGCUGGUGCUACUGUUGUUGAUUUUCCUAGCACUUUACAAGGUUGGCUUCUUCAAACGGAACCUGAAGGAGAAGAUGGAGGCUGAUGGAGGUGUCUUGAAUGGAAACCCUAGUGAAGUCACCGACCCUCCGGCAGUAUCUGGAGAAGAGACCAAAGAUCCCGGCUGCUUAGAGCCCCUCCAUGAGGGUGACAAGGACUGA